AUGUCCAGCGCGGUAGCAAGCUCAACUGCCGAUCCGUCAUCCACCCGGAGGAAAGCUAGCAAAGCCUGCUCGAGGUGUAUGCGAUACAGGACUAAAUGUGUUCCCCUGCGAUCUGAUGCGGUCGGUCAACCUCCUUGUGAAGCCUGUGAUACCUUGGGUUUGGCUCAGGAAUGUACAUUCCUACCUAGAGGCCAAUCUGCCUUGGACAGGUCACAUCGUCGCAGAGCCCCUCGAGGACAUACAUCAGACUUCCUUGACACAUUGAUUCAAGUAUCGAGCUAG